CUACACAUUUUCAAGAAAUGCGCUACAGUGCGGUCAACUAGAUCAAAUGAUCAUAAGAAGAUUCCAAAUCACAAACAAUUUUUGCAUUCAUUAUCAAUAAAAAAAUUUUCCAGUCGUCCUGUAAAUCAUCAGUGAAGGUUAUAUUUUUACUGAAUAAUUGAUCAACUCGGAUUUAUUGUGAUCAUCAAUGACAACUGGAAGACUAUUUGAUAAUAUAAGCAUCAAGCCUGGGCUUAUCGCAUUCGACUUGGAUUGUACAUUAUGGCCGUUUGACUGUGACAUUUACGAUAGUCAAGUUUUUCACAAAAAUGGUGAUAUGAUUUAUGAUGAAAAUAAUUACCCACUAAAUAUACUUCAAGAUUCAAAUAAUAUAUUGAAAUCUAUCAAACAAGAGAAGGAUGUACUAUUGGCAUGUGCUUCGAGGACCCCUUCGGUGGAAACAGCUCGUCAGUUAGUUCACCUAAAUGGUUGGGAUAAAUUAUUCGACCAUAUGGAAAUAUAUCCAGACAGUAAAAUUGUUCACUUUCAGACGUUGUUAACAUACACUGAUGAGGAUUCCUAUACUAGGACAGAAUAGCUAUCCAGUGCUUCCUGGUUCAAUAGAGAAUGCUGGCGAGCGGCCUAUGCUUCUUCAUGAGGGGUAACAGGCGUAAGUAAGUAGGCUUCAUGGUUUUCAAGGAUAGUCUAACCAAAGUUAUUCCGUUGUUUAACUCCAAUUUCAACAGUCUCCACAAAAUCCUAUAGUAACAAUCACCGUGUGAUUACUAGUGACUAAUUUCGAGAAGUAAUUCCCGGAGUUCCAGUAAAAAAGUCAUGAUCAACGAUAUUGAGCCUAAGACAAAUAUCGCCAGUGGAAGUGGAUGAUGGUUGCGCAAUAUUGCGAAUUGACUUAGGCUCAAGCAACUAAUUUGAUCUAGAAAUGAGCUAUUGUGAAUAAAAAUUAAAGAGAAAAAUACUAGAGAAUCGAUCUAAUUCAAAUGCAUCUACACCUUGAAGUUAAAAGCUAUUUGGUAAUCCUCUUUUUUUUCAUAUCCAAUAUUGAAUUAAAGUGGAGUAGAAUGAAUUUCAGUUAAGCGUACAUUUUUUUAUGGUUAUCUAAAUAUUUGUUGUUUUUUGUUACAACAAAAUCAAAGUCACUUGACAAAACACAGUGUGAUAGUAGUAAGUAGUAUUAGUAGCGAAAACCGUUUUGAUGCUGUAUAAUACAGCAGUGAUAAAAUCUAACUUUAUAUAUUAUCUAACAUGUAUUUAUUAAAGGUUAUUUUUUUCCGGUAAAGAACAAAUCACAUUUAUUAGUAGUGAUAUUCAUGUGGGCUUUUUCUCUAUAAAAGAUACUUUUUGUCUUUCAACGGAACAGCUAUUACCUUUUCAUCACUGUAAGGAUAUAUACAUGUCAUUAUGAUUAUUAUCAUUUAUUAAAUUACUCAUGAGUACCGAUUAUAGUAAUAGGCUUGUAAAUUCCUUUGUAUCUACUCUACAUUCAUCCUAUGUAUUUGCUAAGGAGAUCACGGGAUUACUCAGUCUUUGUUGUUGUUGUCACUACUUUUAGCAAACUAAUUUUCUGCGCUUUAGAGUCGUGCUUUUAUUACUAUUUAUACUGAGUUGUACUAUUUCAAGUUGUUUUGCUCAAAUAUCAAGUUUUUCUGAGACUUUUCCUUCUUGUGCUCAUGGCUAAAUGUUAACGUGUUGUGUGCCGGUUGUUGUUACCGAUUUCGCAAUAGGACCAUUCGUAUUAGGGAUAGUUCAAUCUUUCCUUAAUUCGCAAUUAUCGUGACCCAACUGGAAACUUCAAUGAACACAGUCGUCUGAGCCCACACAUGUAGUAUGGUUACUGUUUUAUUCUUUUUAGAUUUUACGAUGGUGACUUUUUAAAUUAGGUUAUUGUAACUUCUUUCUCCUAAUGUUGUACAUCAAGAGUAUAUAUUGGGACAUGUCGGUUAUGUUCGUCAUAUAUUGAUCUCAUUAAAAAUCGGGGAGGACUAAACAUCCGUUCCGUCUUGGUAUGGGAUUCCUCAGUGAUGGACACCAACGAACUCACCAGGGAUUGGAAGCGGGACUUCCACAUCCCUCAUCAAACUCCUAACCAUUGAAAUCACUAACAAGCUUAUUAUCCCAAGUACUGACUCUAUGUCGAAUGGUAAACAAUAAGGCUAAUAAAGUAUCGUAGUGUCUGGUACCAUGUCAAGUUCACAUGGGUUGUUCUGGCUUCUCGACCUUGUUAAUUAUUCGCUUAUUGACUUUGACUGUUUUUAUCUAGGCUUGUGUGUGCAUUACUUAUCAUACUCAUCACAUGUCUGUGGCUUAUUUUUGUCUGGCUAUAUAUAUUAAGUCGCGCUUGAUCAAAUCGGGUUGGCUCACUCUCCUUCGAUAAUUGUGAACGAGGGUAGCCGGGAUUUAUAUUUGGAUAACAUAAUCAUACGAUCUGACUGGAAUCAAAAGUAUAUAUCUCCUUACUAACUUCGUAUGUAACCGCAACAGGAAAUAAAUAACCGAAUGCGAAAUGUAUGGAGAAUACGUGUAUUUCGAGCAUCUACAUAGUAGAAAAGAAACGAGGCACAUGACUUCAACGAAAGACUAAAAUUCCAUACAAUAAAAUGAUAUUUUUCGAUGAUCUACAGUGGAAUAUCAAAGAAGUAAAAAGUCUAGGUGUUCACAGCCAUCACGUACCUAAUGGUGUGCACACGGGAGCUUUUCGUAAAGCAUUGAAAGAAUAUGAACAAUUUUGGUCUUGUAAAUAAGAAAUCUAUUUAACAAACUACAUUAUUAUCGCCAUUGUUCUUCUCUUUCUCCCUUGUAUCAAACAAACUGUUUCUAGUCAUUUCAAAGAGAGAGAGAGAGCGAGCGAGUGAGAGAAAAAACUAUAUUUAUUUCUGUAUCUUUUGAAAGCUUUAUCGAGAUAAUAAUAUUCACUAGUGUAAGUGCCAUUAAUAACCGAGGUGGGGUGGGGUUCACAAUAAUAACCAACUGUUUUGUCGUAGUUUGCGAUUUUUGACUGAUGAACAAAACAUCCAUCACCUAAGCUGAAAGUAAGCUUCAAACGACUUCCGUUCUUGUUAGAAAACUACCCUUAUCUGUAGUGAUCUAUUCAAAAUAACGUAGGAGUUAGAAACCGACAGUUGUAUGGUUUCAACUGAAUUAUUUUAAAAAUAUUCUGUCAUUGUACACAUCCAUUUUGUUUGCAAUAAAAUAGAUAUUAUUUUUAUUAAGCUUUGUGA